GUGUUACAAACGGAAUAACAGUUGUAAUAGCUCCCAUUACUCUGUACGGGACUAAAAAAUCCAAAUUAAAAGAAAGCAACUGGAACCAAGUGCCUUGAUGAACGAGUGUAGGUAAUAAUGAUACCGAUAAGACAACAACAAGAUACGCUCUAGAUCGAAUUAGUCAGCUAGAAGUAAUUCUCCGGUGAAGUCGCUUUUUUGCUAUGGGGAAAAAUCGAGCCGCAACGAAUGAAUCGGAAUCAACAAAAUUCGCAUAUCAGAUGGAAGACAUCGUUCCCAUAUACCUUCGGAAACGUUACUUGGUGAUGUUCCUUGCAUUUUUAGGAUAUAUCAACCUCUAUACUAUGCGUGUGAACCUUAGCGUGGCUAUUGUUGCAAUGACUACGAAUCAGACAGUCCAACAUGAAGACGGAACGGAAAGCUGGGACAGGCCGUUCGAUUGGAGUAAUGUUGAACGCGGUUACGCUCUGAGCUCUUUCUUCUAUGGCUACAUAGCGACGAUGCUUGUUGGUGGUACUCUUGCAGCAAGGUUUGGUGGGACAUUGAUCUUUGGUGGCGGAAUACUUUUGCUUUCAAUUGUCACGUUGCUCACACCCAUUAUGUCUUCCAAGGGAAUCUAUUAUCUGAUUGCUGCUCGUGUGCUUGUUGGCGCCUUUUCUGGAUUGUCUUAUCCGAGUGUCCAAGCAGGUGUGUACGCCAAAUGGUCGCCACCUCUAGAACGUACUCGAACCUCAGGCUUCGGUAUUGCUGGUAUUUAUUUAGGAACAGUGUUGGCUAUGGUACUGUCAGGUUGGUUGGGAGAGAACUUCAGUUGGCAAAGUAUUUUUUACGUAUUCGGCGGAGUGGGUUGUGUUUGGUCGGCAUUGUGGCUUGCAGUUGUCAGGGAGAGUCCAGAUAGGGAUUCAUGGAUUAGACAAGACGAGAGAAAUUUCAUCAAUCAAUCGUUGGAACAACAUGGUCAGGUCAAUGUCGUUAAACCUCCAUGGAAGAAAUUAUUGAGUUCGCCGGCCGUGAUUGCCGUUUGUGUUGGAGCUUUCUCUUACACAUGGGGAUUUUACACCCUACUGACACAGUUACCUUCCUAUAUGAACGACAUGCUCGACUUCAAUCUGCAGAACUCUGGAUUUUUAUCAGCUGUUCCUUAUCUGGUGCUUUUCCUGACCCUAAUAUUCACCAGCUCUUUGGCUGAUUGGCUUCAAAUGAAGAGAAUCUUAACUACCACGCAAGUUCGCAUAAUUUUCACUUGUUCGUCAUUUCUCUGUCAAUUGGUUUUCUUACUCAUGGCUGCCUUCUUUACGAACACCACCGCGGUAAUUGUUUGCUUAACUCUAUCCGUUGGACUUGGUGCAUUUUCCAUGAAUGGAUACAUUGUAAAUCCGUUGGAUAUUGCACCACAGUUUGCUAGCAUUAUUAUGGGCUUUGCGAAUACAUUUGGCACGGUGCCAGGAAUUGUGAGCCCAAUCAUCACGGGAUACAUUGUUCAAACGCCAACUUUCUCCGAGUACAGAAUCGUGUUUUACAUCUCGUGCGGGAUUUAUUUGUUUGGUACAAUCGUGUACGGCUUGUUGGCUGCAGGAACUGUACAACCGUGGGCUGUUGUGUCUGUUGAGGAAUCCGAAGAAGAGUCAAUUUCCGAAAAAUGAAAUGUUAUAAACG